CAGAGUUCAGACGAAGUUUGAACGUUUUUUUAUUUAUUGUUAAUGUUGUUAAAAACAUAAACAUGCUGAAAUACGAUCAUAAGCGAGAUUAGGUUGAGACGCUCGGCACUUCCGGUGGAAACGGUCAAACGCGGGAGCGAAGCGCGAAAAAACAAACCAGCAAAUGAUUCGUUCUCCAGCGUAAAAACACGAAUAAACUACAGCUUUUGAUUAAUAUUGCUUUGGGGAUUAUUAUAUGAACUCGAAAUGACGGAAUUACUUUUUAACAAGCGGUUACAGGUGCUUGUGAAGAAUAAAGAUACCGAUGAGAGACGUUCAGUUAUUCGUAUCAGUAUUGAACUGCAGCCUUCAUCAAACCCUGUUCAUAGAAAGGAUUUGGUUGUACGGCUGACGGAUGAUUCUGAUUUUUACUUUUUAUACAACCUUGUCAUAUCAGAGGAGGAUUUUCAGAGUUUAAAAGUACAACAAGGGCUUUUAAUAGACUUCACGUCAUUCCCACAAAAGUUUAUAGACUUGCUUGAGCAGUGCAUCUCUGAACAGGACAAAGAAAACCCACGGUUUCUGUUGCAGCUCACGUCGGCUUCAUCAGCGUUCGAUCACAGUCCUUCAAACCUUAACAUUGUGGAGACGAACGCUUUUAAACACCUCACGCAUCUCUCUCUGAAACUGCUGCCGGGAUCUGAUACGGAUAUUAAGAAAUAUCUGGCUACCUGUUUGUCUAACGUAAAGGAGGAAAAGCAUCAGUUGGAACAGAAGUUGAGAAAAACUGAGGAAGAUCUGACCAGACAGCUAAAUUAUGCGCAGCAAACCCUGUCUGAGAAAAGUCGAGAGCUGGACAAACUCCGAUCUGAAUGGACGUCCCAAACGACCUCUCUGUCCAGCAGACACAUGCAGGAUCUCACAGCUGAACGUGAAAAAGCUCUGGAGACACAAGCCCGUCUGCAGCAGCAGAACGAACAGCUGCGACAGGAACUUGAGUCGUCUCAUCACAGAAGCACCCAGCAGCUCCAAACCAAAGUCUCCGAGCUGGAAACGGCCAACAGGGAGCUCACAGACAAGAAAUACAAGAGUGACUCCACCAUUCGAGACCUUAAAGCCAAACUGGCCAGCCUGGAAGAGGAGUGUCAGAGGUCGAAGCAGCAGGUUCUGUCACUGAGGAGAGAGAACAGCACCCUCGACACCGAAUGCCACGAGAAAGAGCGUCUCGUCAACCAGCUGCAGACACGAGUGGCCGUCUUAGAGCAGGAAAUCAAAGAUAAAGACCAGCUCGUGCAGCGCACCAAAGAGGUGCUGGAAGCCACGCAGCAGCAGAAGAACUCUGUUGAAGGAAAUGUUGAAAGCAAGCAACUUCAAGUCAGCAAGCUGGAGGCCACGGUAAAAUCCCUUUCGGAGGAGCUCAUCAAGGCGAACGGCAUCAUCAAGAAGCUUCAGGGGGAUCUGAAAGCACUGGUGGGGAAGAUCAAGGUGAAAAACACAGUGACGGUGUCUCAAGAAAAGAUCCUGCAGGAAACCACAGAGAAACUGCAGCGGGAGCAGCGAGAGCUGCAGGACGUCCAACAACGCCUCCGACAGAAAGAGGAAGAGGUGAUAAAAUUAAAGGAACAGUUAGACGCUACAGUUCAGAAACUGGACGAGAGCAGAGAAGUGUUAAAAACCAAUGAGAACGUAAUAACUUGGCUGAACAAGCAGUUGAAUGAGAACCAGCUCUCUCGGAAGCAGGAAGCUUUAGGAAUGUUCGAGACUCCUGCCGCAGGUCUGAGAACAGGAAGUGUGCCUCACAAUAUGCUUGAUAGCAAAGGUUUCUCCUCAUCUUUGGGACAGGGUUUCCCCAUCACCUCCACGAUAAACUCCAAAUAUCCUCUUCCUUUUUCCUGUGUGAGCUCAGGACCUCGCUCUGUCCUGUCAGCGCACAAUCAGACAUCUGGACCAAAGGUCCAGUUUAACCCUAUGAGUGCCAAACCCUCAGCAGCAGACGUGAGUCCCACUGCACUCUCCCAACCCUCCAAUAAAGAGAAUGGAGAACCUGUUGGUCUGGACUCCAAGUACUUUGAGAGACGAGAUGACAGCAUCCCUCUCCGCGGCCUCCUACCCAGCAUGCAUCUAAACAGAGAAGUUCCCAAGCCUUUGAACACGGCUGGAGCAAAACCACCAGCGUCCGCAGCUUCUGCGUAUUUCCCAGGAUGACGAACAGCAGUUCCAAUGGACUUCCAUUCAUCACUACGUUAAAUGUGAACGCCACUACUAUGAUGGUAAUUCAUCGCGGUGUCCAUGCAGAUGACAUUCGUGUUUGUUUUAAAAGGUCUUAAUUUAUUAAAACAUUUAUUUUUAAACCCAUUUCUCAACCUGUUUAACUACAAAAAGCCUGUUUCCGCCACAGAAUAAAAAAAUGGAGGUAAAACCAAAAAAUUCCCAAAAAAAAGGCGGGAAAAAAAUUGCAGUUUAUAUCUUGCUUUUAUGACUUUUUAGAAUUCUAAAAUCAGUUUGAAAUGUGAGGGUUUUUUUUUUUUUUUUUUUUUUAAUUCUGUGGUGGGAACAGGCUUUUUUUUUUUCUCAAUACUGAUUUCGUAUCUCACAAUUCUGACUUUUACAUUUGACUAAAGUCUAAAUUGUGUGAUAUAAAUUUUUUGUGAGGGGGAAAAAAAUGAUGAGAUUACAGUCGCAGUUACUUUUUUAAUUUGGAAGC